GUUGAAGAGAGUGAAAGCAAAGAUGCUGAGUGCAAAAAAUUCAAGCAACGCGAGCAAACUUAAUAUCGGGUGCACCUGGGUGGGAAAUCGGAACACAAAACACAACCUGAACAUGAACUGUAGAUUUCCAGUACUGGCAGUGAAUUUUGGAACACAGCCGAUAUUAAUCUAACCUAACCUAACCUAAUUCUAGCUGAGUUUAACUUAACCUAAUCGUAUUUCUAUUCUGAACGUAAUGAGAAAGUUGGAUUUCAAACUGAAUACCGUUUUCUUUAAAAUUCGUGUAAAAUUCAACGGUUUGAUUAAAAGAAUGAUAACAUACAGGUCAACAUACUAUUAACAUAAGGCCAAUGAAUUCGAACUGAACGUAUAUAUAAUACGAAUCGCAAAAAAUUGCUCACAUGAAGAGAAUUAAAAUCCUAACCUUGUAUUACACGAGCAUGAUGAAACGACGUCUUCCCGCGAUUGUCGCAUGAGAGAUAAACUAUUACGAAAGGAAUUUGGAUGAAAUGCGAAUGUAGGCAUAUCCUUUUGCGCUCAAGAUAAUUGAAAAUGUUUCGAAGUCGAAGCUGGUUCGGUGGCGGACUUUGGAAGCCUAAAAAUCCCCAUUCCCCGGAGCAUCUCAAGUAUUUGUAUAAUGUGCUGUCAAAAAAUCAGACUGUGUCUGAAAACAACAGAGGUUUACUGGUUGAAACUCUGCGUUCGAUAGCUGAAAUUCUCAUAUGGGGUGAUCAAAAUGAUAGCAGUGUAUUCGACUUUUUUCUGGAGAAAAACAUGCUUUCAUUCUUUUUACGUAUUAUGAAACAAAAAUGUGGAAGCUACGUAUGUGUUCAAUUGCUUCAGACAUUAAAUAUUUUAUUUGAAAACAUACGCAACGAGACAUCUUUAUAUUAUCUAUUGAGUAAUAAUCAUGUAAACAGCAUAAUAGUGCAUAAAUUCGACUUUAGUGACGAGGAAGUAAUGGCAUACUAUAUUAGUUUUCUGAAGACACUGAGUUUGAAAUUAAAUGCACAUACCAUCCAUUUCUUCUAUAAUGAGCAUACCAAUGAUUUCCCACUGUACACAGAAGCAAUAAAAUUUUUUAAUCAUUCGGAGGGUAUGGUACGCAUAGCUGUGAGAACUUUGACGCUGAACGUAUACCGCGUCGAAGAUGCAUCCAUGCUAGCUUUUAUAAGGGAUCGUACAGCUGCACCAUACUUUAGUAAUCUCGUAUAUUUCAUUGGUGAUCAUAUUAUAGAAUUGGACACUUGCGUCCGAAAUGAUGCCGAUCAUCAGAGUCAAAACAGAUUGUCGGAUUUAGUUGCAGAACAUUUGGAUCAUCUGCAUUAUUUAAAUGACAUUUUAUGCUUGAAUAUACCAGACUUAAAUAAAGUUUUAUCAGAACAUUUAUUACACAAACUAUUAGUCCCAUUAUAUGUUUAUUCACUGAUGAAAUACAAGAAUGUUUCGUGCCAAACACAGGAUGAAAGAAAACAUGUCAGCGUUGUAGUAGCACUUUUCCUACUUUCUCAAGUCUUUUUGAUAGUAUCGCACGGCCCUCUUGUACAUACAUUAGCGGUUAUAAUGCUCAUGUCUGACUUGGAGACAAUUCAAACUGGAACAAAUAUGGUUCUAGAAAAGCUUAAAGAUAUACCAUCAAAUAAGUCUGCCAAUUUUACAUUAUCAAAAGAAACGUUGGAAAAAUCGUUAGAAACUUUAAGUGAAACGCUAUCAAUUUCCGAGGUGCCUCGCAACAAAGAAAGCGAUGUAAGAAACAUAAAAGAGUUGGCUGUAGGCGCGAUUGAUGAAUCACAAGAAUUUAAUCAUCCGAGCACGUCUUCCAAUGCUGCUUCGACAAUGAAUAUCCCUGUUCUUAUAAAUACACCAAUAAAUAGAAAUAUUCCACACGAAGAAGGUUUAGAGGAAAUUAAGCAGUUGAAUGUGACGGAUGAGGAAAAAGAGCAACGUUUGGCAUUGGAGAGUCCCUUGAUAUCUCAUCAAAGUCAGAGUGACCUAUUCGAAUUCCUCGGGAAAAAACCAUUUUUAGAAACAAUAAUCAGCUCCUUGUUAUGCGCGGAAAACGAUUAUACCGCAUUAUUCGCACUUUGCCUACUAUACGCAUUAGCUAAUAAUCGAGGUAUAAAUCGUAAAACUUUGGAUAUAAUCUUGUCUCCAUUCUAUAAUAAUAUGGCUAUUAAAAAUUCAUAUAAUGAAUUGCUCAUGGAUAGAUUGAUUCAUAUUAUAACUUUGAGCUGUCAGACCAACACCAGAGUGAGGCUUGUUACAUUGGAAUUAACCAUUAAAUUAUUAACACAAUUGAUGGUGUCCGAAGGACAAUGCUUAUUACAAGAGUCGCAUCUAGCAGCCAUUGAAGCGGCGAAAGAACAAAGCACAUCUCUGCUCAAAAAUUUCUACAAGAGCGAAGAUAUUUUCUUGGAUAUGUUUGAGGAUGAGUAUAGUGAAAUACAAAAGCGACCGUUAAAUGUCGAGUGGCUAAUGAUGGAUAGCAAUAUUUUGUUGCCUCCUACAGGUACACCUAUGACUGGCAUUGAAUUUAGUAAGAGACUACCGUGCGGUGAGGUGGAAAGAGCACGACGUGCGAUAAGAGUUUUCUUCUUGAUAAGAGAACUAGCUCUGACGCUCAAUAUGGAAGCAGAGACUCAAUUGCCAUUGACCAAUCCUGCUAAUUGCGUACAAGUUAACAACGUUCUUGAUCUAAAUAAUAGCGAUUUGAUUGCAUGUACUGUCGUAUGGAAAGAUGGUCAGAAAAUUCGCCGUUUCUUAGUCAUUGACGUUGUGCAAUUGAUUCUCGUUGAACCUGAUACCAGCAAACUUGGAUGGGGUGUCGCAAAGCUGGUUGGUUUUUUACAAGAUAUUGAUGUAGCCGGUGAUAAGGACGAUUCGAGAUGCUUGCAUCUAACAAUUUACAAACCAUUAAAUAGUAGUACAGGCAAUCGCAUACCAUUAUUGUCGGCUAAAUUUAUUUUUGACGAUCACAUUCGAUGUAUGGCCGCCAAACAAAGGCUAACAAAGGGACGAAUAAAAGCCAGACAAAAGAAAAUGAAUCAAAUUGCAAGAUUGUUGGAUAUUCCAACAAGUAUGCCUCAUUGUCCGACACCACCCAACUAUGCCUUGCGUGGUUUACGACACGAACGUAUUAUCGGACGUGGUCAAAGACCACAAAAGGAACAAGCAAGACCGAUGUUUAUGGUAAACAAAGUUCCUGGAUUCGCCGCUCAAAUGCGUAGAGAAAAUAUUAGACCAGUGGCAUCGAGUUCCAAACGCGAUGAUGCCAGUUCGAACGAGAAAGUUCAUGAAAAUGGUUUACGAUCUAGAGACAAUUCACCUAAGAUGCCAAGACCGCGAAGCGAGGAGAUUCCUUUGGAGGAUAUGCGUAUCCGCAAAGCUUCUCUUACGUCGAAUGGACUGAACACAGCACAUAUGUGUCCAGAAAGAAGGGGCAGUCAAGGCGCUACUUGCUCUAAUAACAGUGAAUCUUCAUCUAUGAUUAGAAAACACUCUGAAGAAACGUCUUUUACAUCUUCGCAAGGGCAAGAAUCCAAAUCACGUAGAAAAGGUCAAGUGGAAACUGUAAUUCGUCGGCCUACGAUGUAUAAUGUUUUGUCAAAUAAUUGGAAUAAUCAAAUUCCAAUACGAGCAUUCUCCUUGAACAACCAUGUAGUUUUGCCACAACGUGGCAUUCCCACCAAGGAUUUUUAUUCUAUAAACAAGAUACAGGAAUAUAGUUCGCAAUACAAACCAGAGCUAACAGUCUUGCCGCCUACUCAUCGAGGGGAUAUUGAUGAUGACAAAGGGCCUAUCCACACGAUUCCAGCACCAAAUUUGAGUCCAGCGGAUAAACCUUACAAUUCGCCGACCGAUUCGAAAAAGAUUGCACAUUAUCGUCCAUAUUUGAAUGAUCUCAAUUAUCAUACAACUGUGCAAAAUCCUAUGACAACUACUUUUGGAUUAGCCGCAAUUAAUAGCAGUCUACCGCUACAAAGAAUAGCAACAAAUUCGAGUCCACUGAAACAUCAAUAUCAAGUCACAGAAAACGACGUGGUAGCUUUGAACGAACAUCAAACUAUCCAACCUGAGGCAGCUCAUCAGCCUCAGGAUCCAGAUAUAACGAGGCUAUAUUCGAUUAUAAUUAAUAAUCCUCAUCAAUCCUCACAAUUUAACGAGCUUUUCGCGAAUCACGCUAUUAAUUUAAAUGCAGGUUCAAAUGUACAACUUGGCCAAUCAAAUAUGCCAAUGCAAACGAAUCUUCAUAAUUCCUAUCCCGUCGGAUUUCCUUCUACAGCCAUUCAGAUACCGUACACUACAACACAGCAGAUUCCAGCUGAUUUCCAUAUAGGUCAUCCAGUUUCAACAGGAUCACCACUGUCAACUAUGCAACUUUACGACUUGUUAAAUAAUCUUCCACACAAACUUACGGAGCAAUAUACAUCAGAUCAGCGACACAUUCUUCAGCAGCAACUUGGCCAAAUAUUUCAACCAGAUGUAGCAACAAGCUUUUCGCAACCGCAAAUGCAUUCCUUCAAUUAUGACGAACAGGCUAAUCAAUUACAACAAAUUUUACCCGAUCAAGAUUACGCUUCCGAAAGUGUCACAGCAGAUUAUAAUCUGGGUUCGGAAUCUUCGAUAGAUACACGUAAACAGAGUGAUGUGCACGUUAACGAAGAAUUUACAUAUCCUAUAGAUGGAAUCGAGCAAUCCGAAAACAAUAUUGAUAAUGAAGAAACGACCUAUCAAGUAAACCCAACAACGUAUUUCGAUAAAAUGGCCGACACUAGUGCCAUAUCGACAAAAUUCUACACGACACUUCCUAAUAGAGAAGCUGCUGAAAAAUUAGCCGCGCUAGCUGCUGCCGGUCAUGUCAAUAGUCGUCUUAUAGGCCAGCUGCAAAAACAACAGAAAAAAGAUACGCAGAAAAACCCAAUGCCGCUUAAUCAUAAGGAUGAUAAUGAUCUUGUGAAUCAACAGCAGAUCGAUGAUGAUGAACAGAUGUAUAAUCAACAAAAACCGUAUCAUAAAAGUGAGCAGCAUCGUCAUAGGCAAAGUUUUAAGGUACAAAACAAUGAAAAGUUACCUCUACAAAUUAUGAUACCCAAUGACAAGGACGAUUAUGUUACGAGUGACGACAAUCAGCAAAGUAAUAUGAAAAGAGACAACAUAGACUUAGAGUACGAAUAUGAAGAUGGGGAAAUUGAAGAUUCGCAAUCUACCACUUUGUUUAAAACGAUGUCUCAUGAUAAUAAUUCCCAUGCUGAGUUUGGCACCCGUUUGUAUUCUUAGAAAAGUCGUUACUUUUCUAAGAUAUUACCGAGUAUUUUAUUUAAAGUCACAUCUACAUGCUCAUAAGAUGCAUGUUUACACAUAUUUAUAUCUCGUCGGUGAUAAAAUGAACAAAAGUCUUUAUAGACUUGUAGAAUUUCAUUGAUCUUGUUUCACGCAUCAUUCAUCGAUAAACACACAUUUGUAUAUACAUACUUAUUUAAAUUAUUAACUAUUUUUAUAUAUCCCUCCCCCCUUUUUCCCGUUCCAACCUUUCAAGUACAAAUUAUAUUAACAGU